AUGCUAGCCGCCGCCGUCGCUGGCGCGCUCGGCUGGUCUACACCGCUCGCGCCGACGCGCCAGCUCGCGUGCUGCAGCCGCGCCGCUCGCCCGAUCGCCGCGCUGCCCGAAACGUCGCUGCAUGACUCGUCGCUGCGUGGUGCUGGCGCGGCGGAGCUUGUGCGGCGGCUGAGCCGCGAGGAGCUGCGGGCGGCGCUGCUCAACUCGUACUGGCUUUUCGACGUCGGCGAAGGGACGCAGGUGCAGCUGCAGCGGUGCUUCGUGGCGCCCGGGCGCAUCGACCGUUUCUUUACCACUGCUUCGGCCUCCCCGGCCUCCUCUGCCUGA